AUGUCAUUGCACCCCACUCCUCGCAGAGUGUUUGCUGGUAUUUUCGCACAAGGAUCCCUGCAGGCGCCUGACACACGACGCUGUCCGGGACUCCGCUCCCGAGGUCCCGCCCGGUUCCUGAGUGAACGCCGGCGGUCGGCGGGGCAGAUGGACCUACCGGGCAGCAGGUGGCUGGAUCGUGACGAGCCGUACCUGGGGGAGCUGCGGAUCUCCUGGAGGAACUCCACCGAGUCCCGGCUGGAUCUGUUCCCGCACGGGAAGCUCCUGCUGCUGGAGGUGCUGAUGGUGCUCAUGUGUGUCGGGGCGGUCAUGGGAAACAUCCUGGUCAUCGUUAUCGUCGUGGCAACCAAGACCUUCCACAGCGUGACGUCGGUCCUGAUCAUCAACCUGGCCAUCAGCGAUUUCUUGGUGGGCAUCGGCGUCAUGCCGUUCGUGGCGGUCUCGCUCAUAAACGACGGAUGGGUGAACUGCACUGACUUGUGCCUGUACGUGGGCUACACGUCCUCGGUCUACUGCACCGCCUCGGUCCUGACGCUGGCCGCCAUCGCCAUGGACCGCUACUACUCCAUCGUGGACUGCCUGCGCUACAACUCCCGCUGCACCGCCUGGCGCACGGGCGCGGCCGUGCUGUGGAUCUGGCUGCAGGCCGUCCUGACCAGCUCCCCCCCGCUGCUGGGCUGGAGCGACGUGAGCUUCGUGGCCCCCAUGUACAGCUGCGCCGUCAACUGGGCCAGCAGCCCCAGCUACACGGUGUUCAUGGCGGUGUUCUCCUUCCUCCUGCCGGCCGCCGUCAUCCUCUUCUGCUACGUGAAGAUCGUGCGGGUGGCGCGGCACCACGCCCGGCGGAUCCGCGACCUCCGGGAGCACUUCCGGUCCGUCCCGGGGUGCCCCGGUGCCGAGCCGGAGACGCACGACCCGUCCAGGCUGGUGUGCUACGUGAGCGGGAGCUUCGUCUCGGAGGACCUGCCGGGCGGACCGGCCCGGCGGACCGGCGGGAGCGGGCGGCGGCGGCGGCGGCUGCACACCUUCCUGGCGCACUUCCAGAGCGGGGAUGCGGAGCAGGUCGGGCAGCCGCAGCAUCACGGCGUCCUGAGGCUGUUCAUGGUCAUCGCGGCGUUCUUCCUGUGCUGGACGCCUUACAUGGGCGUGGCCUUGGUGCAGUCGGUCAGCCAGGUCCCGUCGACCGCCGUCACCUUCUCGUACUGGCUGGUGCUCUUCAACUCGGACCUCAACCCGCUCCUGUACGCGCUGCUCAGCAAGCGCUUCCAGGGGGCGCUCCAGAACCUCCGGAGGAAGAUCCAGGCCAGGGUUCGGGGAGAGCGAAGAGCCGACGCCGGGCGGGCGUCCCCGAGCGCGGACGUGCGCGGCCAGCCGGACGCCGGUGCCCGCCGCGCAGGGUCGGGCUUAGGGUCGGAGUACUCGUCCGUCUUCACCAUAAACGCCGCCUUCCCCAAGACGGAGGAACCCGGCGAGGUCCUCCUGCCCGGGAGCGCGUCGACGUCUUCCUUCUCCACGUCGUCCUCCUCGUGUUCUCUCUGGCGCGACUGCGGUGGCGGCGGCGCCGGUUCCCUCGGGGGGUCCGGGCGCCUGCGGGUCCCGUCCGUGCCGCGGGAGCCGGAGAGGGGCGGCGGCGCCUCGCCCGUCGGGGAGAGACAGGCCACGUUCUUUUACGGACAGAUUACGGUGCGGGUCGAGCACGACGUCUGCUGA